GAGGUCAGAAGCUUGAGUCUAAGACACAGAGCGUAUCAUGUUGAAGAUGAGCGGGUGGCAGCCACAGAGCCAAAAUCAGAGCCGGAACCUGAGGAGAGAGUGUUCCAGAAGGAAGUGUAUCUUCAUACAUCACCACACCUGAGAGCAGCAUGAAAGCAGCCAUUAUCAGUAUGUAAAUAAAUGAAUGUAGUUAUGUUCCAAUAAAACUUGAUCUGCAAACAGGUACCAGGCCAGUUUGCCAACCUAUAUAGAUGAUCUGAAUGCUUUGUGGAGUUGUUCUGCUCCCACCCCUGACCCCCCAUCCUGAGUAUGUCCUUUUCCAGAGCCUGAUCCAACUGCAGAGAUGGCAGCUGAGUCAUUGCCUUUUUCCUUUGGGACACUGGCCAGCUGGGAGCUGGAAGCCUGGUAUGAGGACCUGCAAGAGGUGCUGUCCUCAGAUGAAAAUGGGGGUACCUAUGUUUCACCCCCUGGAAACAAGGAGGAAGAAUCAAAAUCCUUCACCACUCUUGACCCUGCCUCUCUGGGUUGGCUGACUGAGGAGCCAGGACCGGCAGAGGUCACGAACACCUCCCAGAGCCCUUGCUCUCCAGAUUCCAGUCAGAGCUCCCUGGCUCAGGAGGAAGAAGAGGAAGACCACAGAAGACCCAGGAAACGGAAACAGGGUGGCCAGUCCCCAGCUGGGGCUGGAAAGCAGCGCAUCAAGGAGAAAGAACAAGAGAAUGAGAGGAAAGUGGCACAGCUAGCUGAAGAGAAUGAACGGCUCAAGCAGGAAAUCGAACACCUGACCAGGGAAGUAGAGGCGACUCGCCGAGCUCUCAUUGACCGAAUGGUUAAUCUGCACCAAGCAUGAACAGUCGGGACCAUCGCUUCCCCCUCAGGCCACUACCUACCGUUCACAAAAGUGGCUGCCGACCAUCUUCUCCAGUGCCAGUGAUGUGACCCUCAACCCCAUCUAGUCAGGAGUGGGGGAAGCUUGGGGUAGACAACAGGAAAGGGUCUCAGCAUGUAUAUAUAGAUUGUUCAUUUAUUUAUUACUGUCCGUAUCCAUUAAAGUCACUUUCUAUGAGCCA